CUAUUUCCUCGCCCUUCUCCUGGUUUCCGCCAUAGUCAAUUGCUUCCUUCGCCCAAUUGCUUAUCAUCUGUGCCCUGAGCCUAGUCUUCGCCCACAGGCAGUUUUGGCUUUCAUCUCUCCAGAGGCUUUCUGGGAUUGACUUUCCCAAAGCCCACGACCCACUAUGGCCUCAUUCAAGGAACUAUCUCUCUCUCGCCCGUUUCCUCAGUCUGCUCCUCGCCACCAUUCCCACUCCAUCUCCCUUGGUGCCGUUAACUCAAACCAUCGGGUGACUCGCCGAAAGAGCGUGACCACCACAGCCGCCGCUAACGCCGCCGCCGCAGUUGCUGCUACACUGAAGGACUCUCCAGACUCUGUGGCAAUUGCCAUGCCUGCUCAUCGCCGGGGAAGUCGGAAAGGUCUAGAGUCUAGCUCGGUUGGGGCUACCUCUACCUUCAGUAGUUCAUACCUUUCCCGCAGCAUCAACAGCCCUAGUCGGGAUUCGAUGGUCGCUCGUAAGACCUCUCCCGGCCAACUCCACGAAAGCGCACCCACAGCCCAGACCGCGGUGGAUGGAAGUGUUGCGCCCGGAAAGCCGAUCAGCACCAAGAACCGCAACCGCCGGGCUAGCGAGGGUGGGCAUAUGGUCAAGGGCGAAGGGAAAAGCUCCAGGCCCGAACUUCGCUGCGAUCGCUGUGGGAAGGGUUAUAAGCAUGGCAGUUGCUUGUCCAAGCAUAUGUGGGAGCAUGACCCUGCAUGGGCAAUUACCUCGAAACUCUUGAUUUCUAAGCACCAGCAGGUGCAGUUGCUGGAAGCAGCGUCUGUUCUUGUCAACAUGAAUGUUGAGGAACCGACCACCGCAAACCCUGAUGCUGAGUCGGAGACUUCUUCCGCUUCACCAGACGCCUCUUCUGAACUCCGCGACGGACUCAGCUCUGCAGAGACCACCCCGCCGCCGAUGGAUGAAGACAACAGUGAUGACGACAUGUCGAUCGAGCCCGAGAAACCCUUCGGUGUCAACAACGCGGCUCCGCAGUACUCUCACUCCUUCCAGUCUGUUCCUGCGAGCUCGUUUACAGGGAGCGCACCGUGGCCUUCCCCCGGAUUCUCGCACUUCCGUCAUUCGAGCAUUGACGCCCGUCCUCCAACCGCCGAGGCCAAGCUUGCCGAUGAUGACGAAGCGGAUUUGGCUGCUGCUAUCGGUCUUUGCAACUUUGGUACACCCCGGAUGGGACCGACAUCGGCGUCUCCUGGUGUUCCACCAGUGCCCCCGCUUCCGUCCCGCUUCCUCGACCAGGCUAGUUCUUCGGAGAACCGCAAUUUUGGUCGGUCAGGGUCAGGGGCUAGCGUUACUGAUACCACCCUCGGCAACUCCCACCAGGACAUGUUCCUUUCUUUGUCCUACAAUCCUUCAAUGUCGUACAAGGUGUCGGACGAGCGCGAAGCUAGGCUAGGGAACACGGAACGCAGCAGUCGUCAAACCCGCAACGCUGAUGUUGAUUUUGGCAGCCGCCCCGCUCACGCGGAUGACGAUGACGACGGUGUUUUUGGACGGAUGGAGGAAUAAACUAGUCCUCACACCCGUCUAGUCAUACCGAGUAACUCGAUUUCUUUAAACCGCCUCAAACUUUAUACCUCUCAUGACAUGUACGAAACCCUGCGUGAACUUUGCGAAUGCUUUGACUAGUUGGAGUUGGAGACCCCCUUUGCGUGUAUGACCAUUUCAGGGACUGUACCGCCCCGUUUACUUGGCUGGGGCACCCUGCUGCAUGAUGGAAACCCAGGGUAUAUUAUAUCACAUAUUUCCUUUUGUCCUGACCGUCUAUGCCUUGCUUUGGCAAUUUUCCUAUUGUACCUUCUUCUUGCCCACCCGAUUCUCCCAUCUACUGUUCCUUUUUUUCCCCAUACAAGGCUGCAUUGCAUGGCCGCUAUCCCAUUCCAUGUAUAAAUCCCAACGGAGAACAUUC